AUGGCCCCGGCUACCGCUUCAAAGCCUCUGCAGCAGAUCCAGAAUCGGCCUCGUCCGAGGAAGGUUGUGCCUGUGAUCCCACUGCCAUAUGUGCAGAAGCGUCAACAGCAGGAGGCCGCGCGCGCCAAGGCAAAGGAAGAAGCUGCUGCACCUCCACCGGUCGUUGACGAUGUGCGCACUCCAACACCACCGCCACCUGCAGUCGAGGAGACCACUCCAUCCAUAACCAAUGGCUCUUCUGAUGGACAGGUCUCGGAGAAGGUAGAGGAGAUAGCUGAGCCAGCUUCGCCUUCAAUGUCAGAUACUCCUUCGAUCCCCGCUGAAGAGGAGGAAGCUGCUGUUGAAGAGUCAGAGGUCUCUGUUCAAGAGGAAGUACUUGAAACGCAAGAAACGCCAAAGUCUGCACCUUCCGAAGGACAAUCCUCUGCGUCUCGGUCGACUUAUCAAAUGCCUCCUGCCUUCGUCCCCGCACAAAGCCAACCCAACGGUAACAACACAACCUCUUCCAAUACUGUGUUCAACGCGCAACAUGCUAUGCACCAACCACACCCUAGCGGUGGCAAUGUUGUCUUUGGAGGGUUCCCGGAUUCAGAACGAUCAUCUCCCGCACCACCUUCGUUCACGAAUAAUCCUCCACGAUACGAGUACCCACAAAAUCAUGCCCUCAGUGGAUAUGCUCCCCCUCACUCGCAGCCGCCACCCAAUGGCUACAAUCCUGCCAAUGCGUACCAGAUGACCCCUCAGUUUCCCCCGGGAUUCUACCCACGCCCCGAGCUUUAUGACAAUCAUGCUAGAAGACAAAUGGUCUCGUUUGGUCCACCUGAAGGAUACUCUCCAAGCGGCACUCCUGUCACCGGUGAUCCACGAAUGAACUUUGAUCCCUCCACCCCACACAGCUUCCAUGGUUCUCAAUCCUCAGUUGCCAAUGACCCCGAGGCGCCAGCAUUCUACAGCCAGUACCCUACUGCAGUCAUCUCCAACGGAAGCAACGGUCACAUUGAUCAAGUUCGCGUCUAUUCGUCGGUCCCAAAAGCAAUUGGUACUCAUGCCGUUGGCCCAGCGCCAGGUACUUUCGUGCCACAAGGACCUCCUUCUCUGGAUAACUUCGACGGCUUACUCUACUACCUCCAACAACAAUUCGCAGACCCUACAUUCGCGGAUUAUACUCUUGAACUCCGCUACUCUGAUGAUCGGGCUGAACCCGUUCGCAUCCCCGGCCACAACCUGAUGUUUGCCCGUAGUUCGACAUUGAAGAGUCUCAUGACUGCUCAAGCUCGAGAGAGCAAUAACGACGGCCAGACGGUUCGAACUCUUUUAAUCGAGUCAAGUGAUCGCUUCCUAUGCUCGGAUGGAUUCUGGAUGGCCGCUCACAGACUAUACGGAGCUGCGCUGAUGGAAGUCGGUAUUCAUGGAGCCCCGACUAUGGUUGCGAACGCUGAAUCUGUCGGUCCUCCCGCUGCCCGCUUCGAUCUUGCGUUAGGCUAUGCAGCAGCUGGCAAGCUGUUGAAUAUCCCUCCAGUCAUUACACGAGGAAUGGAAGUCGCAAGCCAGUUGCUCAGUUGGAAUACUAUUGAGAAGGCUUUCGACUUUGCUUUGGACGGUGGGCUGGAUUCGCAAUGGUUUGCUGGACCUCCUGGACUUCGUGCAGCUUCUCAGCACAAAGUUCCAACCUACAGUCCAGCAGCCAACAUUCUCGUCCAUCACUCUUUGCAGUUCAUCAUUUCCAAUUUCCCUGCUGGAUUCGUUCUUGAUCCUACUGUUGGAGAACCAGCCCACAAUCGUCGACUUCCCACUAUCCCACAAGCCGGCCACAACCCUCGUCUCAGCGCAAUUAAGUUUGGAGAUCAUCCUUCAGAAGACAGCUCUCGAACCGUCGCUGAGAACCCUGCCACGGUCGCUUUGUCCAAGCUCUUGCUUAACCUACCUUGGGAUCUCCUGAAGUACAUUCUCGACUCUCCCCGUCUAGGUAAUGUUCAAGGCUGGGCAACCACAGCGCUACGACAGAACGUCAUCAAUGCCGUUAUUGAUGAACGUGAGAAACGCCGCAUCAAAGUCCUCGAAACCCCUCUUGUAUCGAAUGAGGAACGCAAAGCCAACGGUCGGGACUGGGAAGUCGUAGGUUGGAUGGAAAAAGUUGACAAGCUCCUCGGCAAGGAUGCCGUUCCUGCCAUUACUCGAAGCUGGGUCGACUUUACGCUCCCAAGUCUCGAUUAG